CGCCUAAUCUUGUCUGGAUCCAACAUGGCAGCCAACGCCACCACCAACCCGUCCCAGCUCCUGCCGCUUGAGCUUGUGGACAAAUGCAUAGGUUCACGCAUCCAUAUUGUGAUGAAGAGUGAUAAAGAAAUCGUUGGAACACUUCUAGGAUUUGAUGACUUUGUUAAUAUGGUGUUAGAAGAUGUUACAGAAUUUGAGAUUACACCUGAGGGCAGAAGAAUCACGAAGCUAGACCAGAUUUUGCUAAAUGGAAAUAAUAUAACAAUGCUGGUUCCUGGAGGAGAAGGACCUGAAGUAUAAAUUGAUACAGUGUGUGUACAUAUAUUGUGUAUAUAUUCUAAAUAGAGCCUUUGGGAUAUGGGUGUCAGUGGGGCUUGGUGUGGGUUGGUUGUUGGGUAUUUUAUUUUUGCACUCUUGCAGUUGACGUUUGAUAAAAGGCAAGGAUUUCACUGUCAGGAAAGGUACAUUGCUAAUGGUAAUGCUGACUUUGUAAGUUGAAUCAUGACUUUUUUGUAAAAAACAUACCAGUCUGUUCUGAAUAAAAGGCUUUCUUUUUGCUA